AUGGAGCCUGCACACAUUACUGAAUUCGGGUCCGACCGGUACCUGGAGAAGUUCCACCAGUCGCAGGCAAAUCCCGCCGCGCCAACAGCUCCCGCGGCUGGACUCCCACAAUCACAGUUCAUAUUACCCCUUCGGGGAGCAGUACCGUCCGAAGUAGAGGGGCCAGCAAACAAAUCUGGGGAUCAAAAGAAGAAGGCAUUCGGGUUUCUCAGGUCCAAGUUUCACAGCAAGAAUUCCCCGGCGGCAACCGCGAGCAAUACCGAGCUCCAGGAGCAACGGCCCUCGUCGAUACAUUCCACGAGCGCCCGGAAAACCGCCGCUUUCGAUCAGCUCUUUGUUGCCCUUCCGAAUGAACUACAAAUCGAGAUCAUUGCGUCGCUCCCGCUCUCCGACGUGUUGAAUUUACGGCUGGCAUCCAGAUCCCUACACGCCCUUGUGUCGCUGAACGAGACGCCCAUCACCCGCUAUCAUCUCGACCACCAUGUGCCCGCAUACGCCAAGCGCCUUUACCCGGCACCCGAGGGCGUGCCCCUGAAUUUCCAUUAUCUAUGCGGUAUCUGGCAUCGGUUACACGUCGCCGCGAAGUUGUCGUAUUUGAUAUGCGAGUGGGUGUCUAAAGAGAUGUUCUUCAGGAAUACGGAGGAGAAGAAGCGGGAAUUCGCACCACAAAGGGAACGAAUGCGACGGCGUUUGAUACCGAUGGUCUUCACCACCUUCCACUUCUUCGAAACGUACCGGAAAUUGCACCUCAAAUACAUCGCCGAGCACGGUUACGGGCUGCACCAAACCCCCUACACAGUCAACCCCGUCGAGACCGAAAUUCUCAACAUGUACGAUGACCGAACGCUGUACCAAGUCCACGAAAUCUUUCCCCUGAUAAUGGCAUCUUUCGACAGACGUCUUCGGCCGCCUUCGUAUGUCGGCCGGGUGGAGCGAUCCUUGAGGGGAUACCUCAGAGACAAACCUCCAGAGGAGGUACAUGUCGCGAUUCUUUGUCUUGGUGGUCUCCGGGAAGUGGAAAAGAUCUGGGAGGUCAAAACAUACAACGCGCGCCGCGCCGCCGUCGAUGCUUGGUAUGCGUCCAUCGCCAAGGAGCCUGCCGAACCACCAGAAGGGAAGAAGCGCCGGGGGAUGCUGGGCCUGAAGCGGAAAAAGUCAUCGCUCACCUUGACCAAAACAAACUCGAAUGACGCUGCACCGUCAUCUCGGAAUUCGGGCACCUCGAGCGUUGCCGAAGGCAAACGACCGGAGAGCUUGGUGUUCUGCACCAGCUUAGCCGCCGGCAUGCCUAUGGGGAACUUGAGCAAGGACGAGUACAAGUCGCUCCUGUCCGAUCUGCCCGGGCUCCGGAAGAUUUGGUCGGAAACAGCCGAGGCAAUGAUCUUGGACCGCAAGAUUGUCCAACGACCGAGCGAUAUCCGCCGCAAUGCUCAAAUAUUUACCGACUUGAUCAGCGAGAACAUCGCUGAGGACGAGGACCAGUGGCUUUACGGCACUACCGCAUCCGAGUCGGUACGACCGAACCUCGACGCGAUCGAGGAAGAGCCCAUGGGAUGCCCCUAA